AUUUUGUCUGAAUCCGUUUCUAGGUCUUUGACACAAAUCUGCACUCGUCUCCUCCAAUUGCGUCUGUGAAUGCAUACAGCUCUUAGGCGUGUGCACACCAGCAAUGUGAUGCUAUUGAGCCGAACAUCUCCUCAUACAAAGCUCAUUCCUCCUCGAUGCGGAGGGUACGCGCUCUUAGGCUCCACUUAUCCUUCUCCAUCACAGCAGCGGUCAAUUCCUACCUCACUUUUACGCGUCAGACAUUUUCAUCUCGCGUCAUGGAAGAAUUUCUUUCGGCAGAAAGAUAAUGAGUCGUCUGGAAUGUCCGACACUCAGGAGGAAAUAGCCAAAGCUGCCAUCCUCGAGAAAGUCAUGAAAGGCAGGCAGCUUACAGACCUUAUGCUACGCUGCACUAUCCUGGAUCACGCGGGCAAUAUCAAGAACAUUUCUGGUCAAUUCAAACGGUCUGACCUGUGCAACGAGCAUCGCUUAAACGUAAGGAGGAUUAUGUCUGCAGCCUGGGAUUCGGGUUGGACCCUUGCUGAAACUUUAAUGAAGCCUCGUGAUUUACGGAAGAUUGAUUCACGAAUACCCAACCUUGUUCCUACAAUUCUCAUUCGCAAAGGAGCUGUUCUAAUCAAUAUGCUCCAUAUACGGGCGUUAGUCAAGGCUGAUACUGUGGUAUUGUUUGAUUCUUAUGGGUCCAACGAUUCCCGUCUUCACUCUGUGUUUCUGUACCAUCUCGAGCAUAACCUGAAAGCCCGAGGUAGCGGCGCUCCUUACGAAUUUAGAGCAAUCGAGUCCAUUCUUCUCUCCGUUCUCAGCGCAUUAGAAGCCGAGAUGGUGUUCAUCCGUAACCUCGUUGGCGGUCUCUUGGCAGAGCUCGAGGACGAUAUCAAUCAUGACAAAUUCAAACGCCUGCUACACUACUCAAGACGUCUGGUAGCGUUCAAAAAUCGCGCUAAGCUGGUCCAAGAGGCGCUGGAAGAAGUGCUCGAACAAGACGAUGAUUUGGAUGCUAUGUAUCUCACUGACAAGAAAAAUGGUGUUGCGCGCAACAUGCAUGAACAUGAGGAACUUGAGGUGCUUCUGGAGUUUUUCUCCAAACAAGUAGAAGAAAUCGCCAAUGAAGCUGAAAACAUUGAGGCCAACGUUCAAUCCACUCAAGAGAUUGUUGAACUCAUCUUAGACUCGAACCGUAACGCACUUCUCGCGUUGGACCUUAAAGUAUCCAUCGGAACUAUGGGAAUUGGUACGGGAGCUCUGAUAGCAGGUUUAUUCGGUAUGAACUUGAAAAGCCACAUGGAAGAGAUGCCCUAUGCCUUCAUGACGUUGUGCACCCUCUCAUCAGCUGUUGCACUGUUCGUAGCAUGGGCCGGCCUUAGAAGACUCGCUCAGAUACGAAAAGUCGGACUUUCUAAUCCCAAACGAGUACAAGAUUUGGAAGUGCGUCCACGAAUACCACUGCCCUUGCGCCGGCGAAGCUCGAAUGGAUGGUCAUGAUGAUCAACGAAACCCAUAGAAUGCUAUCGACGCUAUCGCUGCCUCGCGCACAACUACCAUAGACGCAUCAACACUAGCCGUUCAAGAUGCCCGCAUUUGAAGGAUCAAACCGUAAAUU